AUGGAUCAACCGAUAGCCUCAUCUUCGCGACAGUUCAUCCCGCCUUCUCCACUCCAUCAACAACGGGAAGAUCAUUAUAGCAGAUUGAACUUGGAGACUGCCUCCCAAGCCCAGAUAUUGAGAGCACAUCAGAGAGAUUCAAGUCAAGUAUACAGAUUAACAGAACUCGUUUCAGAAGUAGUGAGAAGUAUAGCAGGUACUCGAUGGUUAGCUCAUAAACAAACUAUAAUAGACCUCCUUGUUAAAGGUGUUUAUCUAAGUUUAACUUUUGGAAGAGGUUCACCUACCUUAGGAGAAGAAUAUACCGAUAUAUCACCUUUUCAUCUUAGAAGAGGUAAUACACCAUCUAGAAGGAGACGAUUCAUCACUAUUUUCUUAUUACUCAUUCCAUCUCUUCUUGCAUCACCAAUAACGACCAACUACCUAAGAAACCCAUCUUCGUACUCCAAUAGCAAUAACAACGGAGCACAGAGAAGAACAUCAAGACUCGAUAUAGUGAAACAGAGAUUACUCCGUUUCCUCGAAUCUCCAAUCGGAAAAGCGUUACCUGAGAUUCACAUGAUACUGUUCUUAUUUAAAGGGAAAUUCUUUGAAUUUGCUAGAAGAUUAACAGGAGUUUCAUAUGUAUCUACAUUACCACCCAAACCUAUAGAGAGGAAAUCACCUUCAUAUGAACCAUUAGGUUUAUUGAUGCUCUUACCGUUCAUAUAUCGAUUCAUACCUGGACCAUCUCAUUUCUCGCCGUCAAAUGAUCCUGAAAGAGUGAAUUCCGAUCAUGCAACUGUUCACCCGCAUAUACCCACGCCAUACAAAGAAAAUAUACUACCACUUUCGCCGCCCCUGACACCCCCUUUGACGGCCGAACAAACACUCUUACUCACACAUAAAGACGAAUACGAUAUUCCGAAUACAUAUCUAACGAAAGAAGCAUUAGAAUUACCAGAAAGACAAUGUACCCUCUGUUUGGAAAGUAGAGGUACAGCAGAAGGAAGCGCAGGUACUUCAGCUGUAACUGAAUGCGGUCAUGUUUUCUGUUGGGGAUGUUUGGGAGGUUUAGAAAAACUGGAAUGCCCGCUCUGUAGGCAAACUCUAAGGAUGGAACGUCUCGUAGCUGCUUAUAAUCUGUGA